AUGUCAAGAGCGAGGAACGCGGUGAUCGUCCUAAUAGCUGCGGUCAUCGCGUACGCGCUGGAGGUCGCCCAGCGAGACCCGUUCACCUUGACCGGGGAGGUCAACGCCGGCCUGCCGCCGUUCAAGCCGCCCAACUUCUACAUCACCGACGGCAACGUCACCAUCGGGCCGUCCAAGAUGCUGUCACAACUUGGCAGCGGUUUGGCUGUCGUUCCCCUCAUAGGCAUACUGGAGAGCAUUGUCAUUGCUAAGGCAUUCGCUCGUAAGAACCGAUACAAGAUCGACCCCACACAGGAGCUCCUCGCUCUCGGACUCGCCAACAUCCUCGGGUCCUUCGUCUCCGCCUACCCCGUCACCGGCAGCUUCUCCAGAACUGCGGUGAACUCGCAGAGUGGCGUGAAGACGCCAGCUGGAGGCAUACUUACAGGAGUGCUCGCGCUGCUAGCUCUCAGCUUCCUGUCGGCGGCAUUCACGUACAUCCCGCAGGCGACCCUCGCUGCCAUCAUCAUCUGCGCCGUGGCGUCCAUGUUUGAGUACGAGAUCGUCGCGAAGAUAUGGAGGACGAAGAAACUGGACCUGGUGCCUCUAUUUGUCACCUUCCUAGCAUGCCUGGGGUUAGGCAUAGAGUACGGCAUCAUGGCGGGCGUCGGGGUGUCGCUGAUCUUCCUGCUGUACAACAUGGCGCGGCCCGGGCUGCGGGUCACCGACGCCGGCGGCUCCAUCGCCGAGCACGGCGAGGCCCCGCCCCCGCCGGAUAGCACGUCAGACGCGGCCAAUCACAACGUCGCGGUCGACGAGAAAAGAGAGGGCGGGGUGCUGGUGAUGCGGCCGGAGCAAAGCUUCUACUUCCCCGCGACACAGAACAUCGCCGACGCCGUCAUCAAACAGUCGAGGCAGAAUGACAUUCCAAAUCCUGUGAUAUUUGAUUGCUCACACAUCAGCGGAAUGGACUUUACGUCUGUUCAGGCAUUAGAGAGAAUAACAGAAGACUUCAAGUCAAUAAGUCAGCCUAUUGUUUUCAUAAACUUGUCGCAAGAAUUGCUGGACCAGCUAGCCAGGGCCAGGAUAAAGAACUUUGUGCAUCGAAGCAGCACCAGUGAGGCAAUGAUUGCUAUUCAUGACGCUUCCGCGGCUAACGGCGGCCUUGAGUCUUUCACGAGCGAUCCCCUGAUGGAGGGCCCAGGGGUCAGCAAGGCGUAGAGACGCGGCAACGACGGCCUGAGACGGCAAGAGGGCCCGAGACGAUGAGACAGCGAGGUGUGUAGACAAGGCGGGGACCCGAGGUGGCGAAGACCAGAGACGCCAAGACGUGGAGACGGACGAGCGAGGUGACCCACCCCUGACCACCACCACCAACCCCCGGACGUCGCUACCUGCUCCCUCUAUACCUGAUGACUCCCCCAUCCCCCACAUCCCCCCCCAUCCCCCAUCCCGCCUCGGCCAAGUGCAUCCGAUCAGCGCGCAGUUUAAUGCGCGUAUGUUUAACGCAUCGUCAACGUUACGGCGGCACAUCGUCGCAAAGAAUUGUCUUUUAGAACGUCUCGUUGCGCAGCAGUGUUAAGGUGGCGCCCCCUGUCGGGCGGCCGGAAACGGAGGGGGUGGGGAGGGGGGCGCGAACGGACCGCCUCGGUCGAUGCCGCUUGAAAUGUUGUCGGCAGCGAACGCAUUGUGAUAUAGUUGGUAGCGAUUCGGUCUAGAGAGCGGUCGGCACGGAAUCGGGGUUUAUUCUAACGUGACUUUCCGAUUGAGUGAGAGUCGAGAGGCUUUCAUACAGAUAGGCUGGUCCUGGUUUUACAGGAAGGUCCAGGUUGCCACCACCAGAGGCACCUAGCUUGCCUAUAUAUGCAUGGGUGAAUGAUGACAAAUUUGUUAUUAUAAGUGAGAUCGGAAAGUCCAGAUGUACUAAUUAGGUCACAGAAAAAGGGGGUAUACAAUUGGCCGAGGCGCGCUUAGGAAAGUACAUGAUUUAUGUAAGCACUCGUGCGUUUUUAGUUUUUGCAUUAACACAAACAUUGCGAAAUAUCCCAAAUGACCACAAUCAUAUUUGUAAAUGUUUAUGUAAACAGAACCGAACCUGUGAAUGAUGUACGAUGUUAGUGAAGAGAAUUAUAGAUCAAAAACCUAGAAUAGUCCUAUCCUACCCAUGUUAUACGCCCUCAAUUUAUACCCCCUCUUAUCUGAUCUCAAUAUGGCGGCAGGGACUUCCCGAUAUGGCUUAUUUACUACUGCCAUAAGCAUAGGAAGCGAAUGCACAAUAAAGUUGAUUUAAUUCCAUUGAUAAUGACGAUGAUGACGCGGUUAUGGAAAAUUUAUCGUAGUUGUGAAAUUUAGUCACUGAACACGUUUUGAAUCUCCAGUACAUUGUUUUGUGUCGGACUGAAUGUUAGAACAAGCCCUGAUUAAUUCGAUCAUGAAUGAUCGCAUACGAUAUAAUUCCAUCAUGAUAUCAUGAUUUUGUUGUUAUCAGCGCAACGCCAGUAUAUAUAUAUAUAUAUAUAUAUAUCUGUGUGUAUAUAUAUAUGUAUGUAUACAUAUAUAUAUACAUACUUAUAUAUGAACUAUGAAGGUACUAUUUUAGGUACUAUUUUAGGUACUAUUUUAGGUACUAUUUGUACAAUUACAGAAUUGUUAUGUCUUUAAUGUAUUGAAGGAGUGAGAUAUGAAUGUUUGUUUACAUAUUAAGGUGCCUUGUAGCUAGGCUGUGAUCAUUUGCGACAUUGGUGCAUGAAAAUAUACUUGCGAGAAGUGUGUAUAUAUAUCUUAUAUUGCUGCUGGUGACGUGUCUAUGGUUGAACACAAAGAUGGAUAGACAUGAACAUUCCUCUGUGGGCAGAUGUUCCUGCGUACGCCUGCCACAUGCAAUGGGGACCAAAUUUCAACGCAACUAUUUCUAAAUAUACACGCAAUUGUUUUGUUUUUUUGUCAAUAUAAGUUUUUGCUUUGUACGUGCGUUACACCGCCAAUGUAUAAUAUGGAGGGGGGGGGGGCCCGUUGUCAGAAACAAAAUUGGUCUUAACAUUAGUCUUAACAUUAACUUUUUCUCUUAGACCGUUG